AUGGAAUGGCUUGGGCAUGCUAACAUAAAAUUCCUUCAUUCGCCAACUCCUCUCAUAUUAAGCAAAAAGGACGGAACCACCACGGAUCUGGCCAAAAUAUGCGAAGAAUCGACACCGCCAUGUCAACUCAAUCCUUUCUUGUUCAAUGGGCACGCUCAAACAAUGAUGACUGCUGUAAAGAAUGAUGGACCACCUGUCUUUUACAAAAGGAAAAUCUUUGAUGCCGAAGAUCCAAUGUAUGAAGGGACUUUCGCUGUCGACUUUGUCGUCCCGCCAAACACGGACGUCGAUGAUAGUCUUCCAAUAAGAACCACUUACUUUUCAGAAAAAGAGUUUGAUGGAAUUGCCUCUUUAGAUACGAGGCCAAUGUUGGUGACUCUGCAUGGCCUUUCUGGAGGAUCUUAUGAGAUUUAUCUUAAGCACGUGCUGUUUCCAUUGAUUCAGGAACAUGAGACCGAGCAAUGGGAAGCCUGUGUUGUAAAUAGCAGAGGUUGUGCUAUGCAUAAGAUCACAAGUAGUAUUCUUUACAAUGCCAGAGCCACAUGGGAUUGCCGACAAACUGUCAAAUGGCUGAGGAAAAAGUUCCCAAAUCGUCCUCUUUUCGGAAUUGGCUUUUCACUCGGUGCGAACAUUCUAACCAAUUAUGUUGCAGAAGAAGGAGACAAGUGUGAACUGAAAGCAGCCGUGGUCAUCUCCAACCCAUGGAAUCUUGAAUCCGGAUCACUUGCUUUGCAGCGAACCUGGCUGGGAAGAGAGAUAUACUCAAAAACUAUGGGCGGCAAUAUGAAGAGACUGCUUGCCCUUCAUCAUGAUGAAGUGUCUAAGAAUCCCAAGUUGGAUUUUGAGAAGAUUAACAACGUUCAAUAUCUCCAUGAAUUCGAUAGAGAAGUCCAAGGUCCAACAUGGGGAUAUCCUACCGAAGGAGCUUACUACCGAGAUGCUUCAUCCACUGACUCCUUAUUUUCGGUCAAAAUUCCUUUCUUUGCUAUUAAUGCAGAGGAUGACCCAAUUGCUAGCAAGGAGGCACUUCCAUACCAAGAAGUGCAGAAAAAUCCAUAUACAGUUUUAUGUACAACGUCAUUAGGUGGCCAUUUGUCUUGGUUUGAGUUGGGUGGAGGAAGAUGGCAUUCUCGUCCUGCUAUCAACUUUCUCAACAACAUGGCUUUCAACGUCAAAUUACCAGCUCCCGCAGUUGCUAACGGCGAGGAGAGAUUCGGCAGAAACCAUGUUUCUGAGUUCAUACCCAUGCGACGCAAACUUGUUUACAGAAGCGAGUGA